GACUCCAGCUACAGCCGCGGGAGGUCCGGACACAGGCGGCCAUGGAACUCGCCGGUAAUAGAGGACACAUCUUAACUGGGUUGCUUUAAGAACUGAUGCCUAAAUCAUCUCAGCAUGGCCUAUAGAGGAGAUGAACCCGGCCAGCCUCCCUCAGCUAUACUCUCUCGGGUUAGCCCUGGAAGCCUUCCCACACAUAGAACCCGUACCCAUAAUAUAUGCAUGGUAUCUGACUUUUUCUACCCAAAUAUGGGAGGUGUGGAGAGCCACAUUUACCAGCUCUCUCAGUGCCUGAUUGAAAGAGGGCAUAAGGUUGUAAUUGUCACCCAUGCUUACGGAAAUCGAAAAGGCAUCCGUUACCUCACUAAUGGCCUCAAAGUCUAUUACUUGCCUCUGAAAGUCAUGUACAACCAGUCUACAGCCACGACCCUCUUUCACAGUCUACCAUUGCUCAGGUACAUAUUUGUUCGGGAGAGAGUCACAAUAAUCCAUUCACAUAGUUCUUUUUCUGCCAUGGCCCAUGAUGCUCUCUUCCAUGCCAAGACAAUGGGGCUUCAGACAGUCUUCACGGACCAUUCCCUUUUUGGAUUUGCUGAUGUCAGCUCGGUGCUUACAAACAAGCUUCUAACUGUGUCUCUUUGUGACACAAACCACAUCAUUUGUGUCUCUUAUACUAGUAAGGAAAAUACUGUAUUAAGAGCAGCACUGAAUCCUGAAAUAGUGUCCGUCAUUCCUAAUGCUGUAGAUCCUACUGACUUCACUCCAGACCCAUUUAGAAGGCAUGAUAGUAUAAUAACUAUUGUUGUUGUCAGCAGACUUGUUUACAGAAAAGGAACUGAUUUGCUUAGUGGUAUAAUACCUGAACUCUGUCAGAAAUAUCCAGAUUUAAAUUUCAUAAUUGGAGGAGAAGGACCAAAGAGAAUCGUUUUGGAAGAAGUUCGGGAAAGAUACCAGCUACAUGACAGGGUGCAUCUUUUGGGACCUUUAGAACACAAGGAUGUUAGAGAUGUCUUAAUUCAAGGACACAUUUUUCUUAAUACCUCCCUUACUGAAGCAUUCUGCAUGGCGAUCUUGGAAGCAGCCAGUUGUGGUUUACAGGUUGUAAGUACUAAGGUUGGUGGAAUUCCUGAGGUGCUUCCAGAAAAUCUUACUAUUUUAUGUGAGCCUUCAGUAAAAUCUUUGUGUGAAGGGUUGGAAAAAGCUAUUUCACAACUGAAGUCGGGGACAUUGCCAGCUCCAGAAAAUAUCCAUAACAUAGUAAAGACUUUCUACACCUGGAGGAAUGUUGCAGAGAGAACUGAAAAAGUGUAUGACCGGGUGUCAGUGGAAGCUGUGUUGCCAAUGAAAAGACGACUGGACAGACUUAUCUCUCACUGCGGCCCAGUAACAGGCUACAUUUUUGCUUUCUUGGCUGUUCUCAACUUCCUCUUCCUCGUUUUCCUGAAAUGGAUGACUCCAGAUUCUAUCAUUGAUGUUGCAAUAGAUGCCACCGGGCCAAGAGGUGCCUGGACUCAUCAAUAUUCUCACAGAAAGAGGCGGCAUGAGAAUAAUGAGAUAUCUAAAACCAGGUAGAAGAAACCCUGGAUUGUAAGAUUUUAAGCAUUUGUAAUAGUUCUAUUAAGACUAUUGAAAAUAACCUUGCUUUUUUGGGUUUUCGUUUUUUAAAGUUAAUUUAGUAAGUUAUGCUACCUCUAUAUUAUUCAAUGUUUUCUUUUGAGGAAAGAUAAAAACUUAUGCAAUUCCUGAGUGUAGAAACUCCUUGCACUUACUUAAAAUUUAGGAGAGAACAUUUAAGCCACUCAGGUAUGAAAUUUUUCAGACUACUGAAAUCCCUCUAGCAGAGAUGUUUUAACAUUAUAUUUUGAGAGCUUUGGGUGCUGAAGGGCCAAACGUUUUCUGGGCAUUUUUGGCCAAUUUUUACUGUUAAACCAUUAGACAUUAAUUAGACACUCACCAGAUGUUUACAAGUUUUCUUUAGGGAAGUACAACAACUAUAUGAACUAUUUUAAGUCACAUUCAUAUACAUUUAUUAGAGAUCUAAGUCAUAUUCUUAAACAUUUAUUGGGUCCACUCAGUAAGUGUUCCAUAUAAUCAACAGGUUUCUUGAGUAAGAUGGUUCAUUAGUUACCAGCACAUUUUGAGCACCUGCUAUGUGUAGAAUGUUGAACCAGAUACUUCUGCCUUUACGGACCAGGGGUGUAUUCAUAGUUUAUCAUUCAAAUGGCUUACUUCAUUGUAGUCAUGGUUGACAUGAAAUGGUAAAAUGUCCAACAUGCCAAAAAUGCUCAGGCUGGUUAAUACCAGGAAAAAAAUCACCGACACACUCCUAGUACUUUGAUCCUGUUGUAUGCAUUUUCCCAGGUAGAGCCUUCGUCUUCAGUUGUGUUUAUGAAGAUGUUUUUUUUUUUUUCAAAUACUAGGGACCGACAUCACUGUUGAUGAUAGCGCAGAGAAACCCUCCACAUUUUUCAGUGCAUAAUUUAGUCCUCUGUAAAUGCCUUCGUGUUUUCUGAGCAGAAUGUAUGAGGUGUGCCAUCUCAAAACCAGCUGCUACCCUGUCCUUUUGGUAUGAGUCACUACCCUUCACUAUGGCCUCGCUGAUGUCUGAUAAGUAUUGUCAGUGUGCAAAUGGCUUUACUCCAGAAUGUUUUAUUUAUGGCAAAUCAAGUCUGAAAAUUUUAGGAAUGCAGCCUCUUUGUGGGUGGAUGUUGUUAAUUAUAAUUGUUGUUGCCCAGAGCCAUGGGUUUUUUAACCCCAAAUUAUCCACAUGGUGUGUAUUAUUAAUUCUUUGAACUCUUUAGAAUAAGUUUUUGUGAGAAAAGGACUGUGAAAUUAAAACAAUGAGACACUCGUGGGUGCACUAGAUUGAUGCUGUCAGUAUUAUGAUUCUGUACAGAAUUUUUUUAGAUGACAACAUUCACAAAACUUACUUUUUAAAAAGUAUCUUAACAUGCCUAUUAACUGGUUGCACUGAUGUAAAAGAAAUAUAUUUGUGUUUUGUUUGUACUAAAACACAAAUGCAACAGUAUAAUUUUUAAAAUCUAGAACUUAGAGUUUCUUUUUGUUGGAGAAAAAUGGACUGAUCCAAACCAGUCUCGUUGGGUUUUUAUGCACAGAAACUCAUGUAUAAACAUGAAACAAACCGUGCCAACAUUCACGGUAAAGUGAGAAACUGUAACGUUUGAUUUGAUUUAUUCUACUCAGCAGUUUUUAAAGGUACACUACCAUUCCAUUUUUUCUUAUAUUUUUUGCUUCUUAAUUUUUUUAAAAAUCAUCAUUUAAUUCUUAAGUUGUCAUGUAUUUAAGAUUGAAAUAAGAUUUAAAAUUAGUUGCCUUUGCAUGUAAACUAUGUAAUUUUCAUUUUUCCCCUUUUUUUAACAAAUGAAAGUAAAUUUAUUUGUCUUACGUCAAUCUUUAUUUUCAACUUUCCUGGAUACCUUAAUUGUAACUGUCAGUGUUGCACUGAUCAGCAUGUGGAAACACAUUGUUCUACCCUGCUACUUACAUUUAUUUGAAAAUGAACUUACAGUGAUGAGGAAUUUAUUAAAAACAUACUGUAUUUCUUCGGAUAUUACGAAAGAUUGCACAUGUAAAACUGAUUAGUUAAAACAUGCUACAUGUCCAAAAAUAAAGGUCAGAAUAACAUUUUGAUAAUUUUC